AUGGCGUUGCUUGUUGAAGUUGUCGGAUAUUUUCCACGAAUUGCCUACCUUUUUUUCAAUAUAAGAAUAGAGGCUAAAAAAUUUAAAAAAGAUAAUAAGUCAAGAAACCAAUAUAGGCUCUGCAAACUUGUAACAAAAAUCGUGAAGUUAAGCAACCAUCUCGACAUUUUUUAUAAAUUGAGAGCAUUUCAAAAAACUGAUGUUGUUGUUUUGGCGCUCCUUAAAUACAGCACCAAGGGGGUUAAAAAAAUUAAAAAAUUGGGAUUCCGUACUAAGCUUAUACUUUUUAAAGCUGUAUUAAGCAAAGCAAUUUUUUGUUUUUUUUCUUUUUUAACCCCUCUAUGA